UCCUGAUUCAUACCUAGCUAGAUGUUUGUACAGUAAGUUAAUUUAGUGUGCUUUUUAUCGAUAUAUUGCAUCACAGACUGCACACCGUUUUUAUCCAUCAAAAACGGAAACAUCCUGUGAAGGUUACAGAAGCCUUUGGCUCAAAACAUCCCGGAAAUGGCACUUCUUCCUCUUUAGGAAGUGUAGACAUCGAUGAAGCAGUUCGGCAAGUCUUGCUCAACUUCUAUAUAGCUCAGUAAUCGUGGCUAUCCUGAGUUGGAUGGUAAAAUGGCUCUCACUGAGCAUAUUAAGAUGAUCUGCAAAAUUAUCAAAGAUAUUGUUCCUGCUUUCACCAGCGGGAUUGUCACAGUGAGCAUCAUAUCGUGUGUUUUAUUUGCAGUCCAAACAUGUUUGAGCUUAAAACAAGGCAUCUUCAGCAUCGGCGCAAGUGUUGUUCAAAACGGACACCUAUACUGCAUCCUGAUGUUUCCCUUUUACCACCAAACCUUUGCUCAGCUCCUUCUGAACAUCACAACUUUGGUGUUUCUCAGCGGGAGCUUGGAGAAAGGUGUGGGGACGGUCCGUUUCCUCUUUCUGUUCCUCCUGCUGUCCUCGAUCAUAGGCUUGUUUUACAGCUUCAUGGAUCUCCUGCAGGAGGACGGCUUCCAGGGUCACACUGAGGGUUUGGUUCCCGUCACUCUUGCCUCUGUGGCUAUAACUACCAUGCACACAAAGAUGACUAAAGCCUUUCUAUGUGGAGUGAGUUUUCCCACUAUGGCCCUUCCCUGGGUGUUCCUUGUUAUCACCACUGCUCUGGUCCCUCACUGUGUGCUGCCCUGUAAUGUGAUUGCCAUCCUGGUUGGGGUGAUGUACGGUAAAGGAUGGGUUUCUUUUCUGGACAUGUCUGAGGCCAAGGCUGGAGUUCUGGAGAAGUUGUUGCCUUUCAGGCUGUUCAGGAGCAUCAGCGGUGAUAUGUUCAUCCCAGCUUCCUCUGAGGACAGGAAGAAGACCCUGCUUCCACAGAUCAAUCCCACACCUGGGUCUUACCCAGUGCAGGCUUAUGCUCCAUUACCCACUGCCAACACUGCUGCCAUGACUUAUGAAGGCUGGCCACACCAGGCGAGUCCCACACCACCUCUCAGUCUUCAUGGACAUGUUGCAGGACACAGCUCUGGACACUUUUCACCACAGAGUUUUGGCCACAGCUGCAACCACGGUCACAGUCAUGGUCAUAGCCAUGGCCAUAAGAGCGGAGGAUCACUGUUACAACAGUAGAUGUUUUCAGAUGAGUUUGCCUUGGCAAGGAUCCACUUAUGAAGGCUUAUCCUAUAAAUGCUACUCAGUUUUUAUCAUCUAUAAGAUCCUGCAGCAUCUCAGCACUGAUUGUGUCUCUGCCUGCUUGUAUAAUUAAGUGUAGUUUUUUUUGAAAGUUUAAAUAUUUCUGGUGACUUGUCAUUUUUAAAAAUUCUAAUUUUCUAUAUUUUUAUUCCUACUAAUUAAAAAUUAAAUAAAAAACCUUCUAAUCUUUCUUACACACGGGAAACCAGAAUUCAUGCACAGAAGUAAUAAUACAGACCAUGCAGCUAAUAGAGACCCUAAUAGGGCUCUAUUAACUGCAUGAUCAACUCAUAAGAAAAACGACAAUCAAAUAUAACUAAUAAUCAGUGUGCAGUGUUUUUGGAGCAGUCAUGUUUUCCCAGUAUUUCUUAAAAUAUUCCAAUCUUUUUAUGGUAGUAUUAAAAGUCAUGCUUCAUAUACAGUGCUUAAAAAAAUUAUUAGACCACCUGUCAUAAAAACAAUGGAUCAAACUUUAAGAAAAUUUGUCAAAAACUUGUUUAAAACUAAAAAUUAUAUUGCUAUUACACAAAUAAACUGAAUUGACAUUUUAAUACCCAAAUUUGACCCACCAAACUGGACGUCUUUGAGAAGUCAGAUUUUAACAAAGUGUAAAAUUCAGCUAUUUAUGUUCAUGGUAAGAAAUGCAUGUAAAUAAUUGCAAUUUGGCAUCAAUAAAGCAAUAAUGUGCUUUACCAGUUUUUGUAAAAUAGUACAUUUGAAAAUUCAUGGAUAACUAUAUUUUAGCAUUAAAUAUAUUUUUGAUUAAAAGUAUUUGCACAUACUGGUGGAUUAACCAUUACACAAACACCAAAUAUGAUUUUGGUGCCAGUGCUGUUAAUUUAUGGGAGCUGCUGCGUAAUCCUUACGCUAGUUGGUGGUCUAGUAAAAUUGCUAAGCACUGUAUCUUUCUAUUUUUCUUUUUUUGUCUGAUUAUCUGAAUUUGGUGUCAGCAGGAUGUGCUCCACUUCCUGUGUUGCAUCUAGACAAACAGUCCAAACAAAUUUCACUGAUUAGGUUUAGAGUGGUUUCCUUUGUGGUUUUGGUCCAUUUCUCUGCAACUUAAAUUGCCAUGUUUAGGCCUAAAUUAAAGGCCUCUGUGAUGAGUAAAACAGAAGUUUCUCUUUCACUAUUAAACUCACUGUUGUACUUACACCAUGGUAUUAAACGUGAUGCAAGUACAACAGUGCUUACAUCAUUGUAACAACUGCAGGUCAGGAAAGCGUCUUAAACUCUGG